UAUCCAUCUCUAGUGUUAUCUGAGCAUGCUCCGAUAGGGUACAAGAUAUGCUACACGCCAAGGGAAAACAGAGGGAGUACAAGAAAAAGCCUGGCGAACUCUGCAGAAGCUUUUUAUAGACAUAUGGAGCAGCAAUAAACCCGAAUGGCAUUCAAACCUGGACUGAAGCCAGAAAAGCCAUAAGGUGCUACUGAAGGAAAGCUACUGAAAUUCUACAUGAUUUCAGUGAUGGGUGAUCUGAACUGGAUGUCCAGAACUCUCCUUUUCUCAGAGUGAUGGGAUCUAUCAGGAUUGCUUUUGGGAGAAGCAAUUUUUGGCUCGUCCUCUCAGGUGUCUUACAGCAUGCGUUUGUUUUCUGCCAACUCUCUCUUGGAUUGCCAAUGUGACUUUCUCUUACAAUACUCAGCCCACUUUCUGGAUAUAUAUUUUCUUCACAUCAAAUACUGAUGGCUCUUUUACUGAUAAAGAUUGCUCUUCAAUGAAAAAUACAAUUUAUGGUAUAAGAUUUUGAAUAAAUGCAGUUAUUUGCAGAGAACUUAUGAAAUGACUGACAGAUAUCCCACAUAAGGUGAUGGAUUGACAUCUCGGUAGGACUGGAACACCAAGAAACUCUCAAAAUAGAAAACUCUCAUUUUCUGUCUGCCUUAAAGACAAAGGUUCUUUCUUGUUAAAAAUUUAAACAAGUUGACUUCAUUUUAAUAUUGCACAGAAAAGAUCAAAGCAUCACUGAGAACAGAUUUUGUUGGGGUAUAUCUGCUGAAAACUUUCUAUUUUGUUGAUGACUUCUUCCUUUUUGAAAGUUUUCCCUUUGAAUUUUGAGAUACUAGAUGUUCUUAGACUGAAUGAUUUUGAACCUUUUGAGUUUCAUACCUCAGAAGUUCCCCAAACAACUAGUUUUAAGAUGUUCGGACAUGAGAAUAGGUCUCUCAUUCAUAUAGGGCCAGACAUCACUGUGGGGGUCUUCAGAUAUGAAGCCCAGAGUCCGGUCCCUUCCUCCUGGCUGCCGCUGCUGCUGUCGUCCCCAUUUGAAGGAUGUUUCACUGCACACUGCUAGGACCCCUUGACCUGAGCCAGAGCCUUGACCGGAGAGCAGAGAUCCGCAGGCACAUUAAGAUGGUCAUGGAGCAGCUGGAGGAAGUUCUCACCGAGCUCAAGGACGUGGCGAAAGAACUCCGGGAGGUUGUGGCUCAGAUUGACAAACUGACAUCUGAUAUUGACCUUGACCUAGAAGAUGACCUGUCGCUGGUGUGCUGCAGUGAGGAUCAUGGGAGAUCAUUGGGUGACCUCUUCCAUACUGAGACGUUAUCCGGCAACCAUGACCUCAGCCGCUUAUGUCACAAUCCUCUGCUAGACACAGUCCGGAACACAACCACAGUUAAGAAUCGAGAAUUAGACCUCUUCCGACGAAGCUGUGGAGACCUACCUGCCCUGAAUGGACCGUUAAGGGCCCCAAACAGUCCAAAAGCCUCCUGGCUCUUUGGAUCUGGGAGAAGGAUCCAAUACUAUGAUAAGACGUACCAUGCAUUAUGCUGUGAUGAUGAUUAUAAUGAAGAUAGAGGUGGUUUGAGAUCAUCAAGGCUUUCGUCCACCGAUUCUGUGUUUUCAUCUUCACCUACACGGUUUCUGACACCAAGAUCCACUCGCAAGACUUAUUCUAGUCCGGACUCAAAGAAAAUAGCCCUUCGUAGUUGCAGUACCCAAACUGUUUCAGAUAAAAGCACACAAACACACUUUCCUUACAUUCCAGCCAAGCAAAGGCCUUCAAGUGACAAUAAAAACUAAACCUUCUACAAGCAUCCCAAACUUUUUUGUUUUAAAUCACUGGUUCUCAACUGGUUUUGCUUCAGGAUACUUCAGUUACCAACUCAGUUCCAUUGUUUAUUUUACAAAAGCAAAAAGUCCUUAAAAUCAAACAUUGAAAUUAGUAAUUGAUAGGCCUAGUACACACAACAUUUGACAUCAACAACAAAAGAUAUGCUAAGCGUUUCCUCUUCCUUAUUUUUGUAUUUUUUUAUCCCCUUUUCUCCCAAUUUGGAAUGCCCAAAUCCCACUACUUAGUAAGUCCUCGUGGUGGCGCGGUUACUCACCUCAAUCCGGGUGGCAGAAGACAAGUCUCAGUUGCCUCCACUUCUGAGACCGUCAGUCCGUGCAUACCCUCCCUAGCAACCGGGCCAAUUUGUUUGCUUAGGAGACCUGGCUGGAGUCACUCGGCACGCCUGGAUUUGAAUUCGUGACUCCAGGGGUGGUAGUCAGCAUCAAUACUUGCUGAGCUACCCAGGACCCCCUUUCCUCUUCCUAUUCGAUGGUUGAUAUACCAAUUUAUUGCUAUCCUAACAAUGCACGAUUAUUUGCAUUUAACAAUUUUUCUUUCCUACUGUCCGUGACUCUAUUAAAACAGACCUGUGACCCAUUUUUGGUUGCGACCCACCAGUUGGGAACCAAUAUUUUAAACGAUUUUAAACUGUGCAAUCUGUAUUUAUGAAAUAUUUUAGUCGAUUCUUAUUUUAAUGCAUUCCUUGUUAAUAAUGAAUUAAUCUCUUUCUGUUCUCAUGGAGUUUACAAGGAACAAUUUAUAGUGUUUCGAUUCAUUAUUAGGCAUUAUGUCAAUAUCAAAAUAAUCAUGUAUCUCUACAGAACAUUAAAACCAUUCCAGGCCCCCUAACAAGUGAGAAUUGUUUCGGUCACACCCACAGUGCACAGUAAAUAGAUACAGUUAAAUUAAGUGGAUGGUACACUUCCCUAAAGAGUUACUGUAAUAUAAAUAAUGUGCUUCAAAAUUAGGCUGUUAUUUCUGAAAACCCAGUUACAUUCUUAAUAAAUUGAUGGAUGAAACUGUGU